AUGGCGGCAUAUUUUGCGAGGAAUCUCGGUCCAUUGUUUCUCAUACGUGUGGUGAGUGUUAUCUGGACUUUAUGUUGCGUCGGGGUGAUAAUUUCGAAUAGGGCUAUACAAAUCGUUCUUUGCAAAAUCGGGAAAGGGAUUGCCGUGGGAACAGUCAGUGUUUGCGCUCCGAUGUACGUCUUUGAGAUAAUGUCCACUAAGAAUCGUGCGUCAGCAAUAGCAGGUUUAGCUUCCGGUGCAAUAUUUGGACAAGUAAUUAUCAUGGCGCUUGGAUUUAUUUUACAGCAAAAAUUCACACCAUGGGCAAGCUUCCAUUUUACUUGGAUUGGCGAAGCAUGUCUUGGUGUAGUCACCUUGUGUUCGGCAUUAUUAUUGCCUGAACUGCCCUUGACUUCAUGUCGCCGGGGACUGUGGAAGAAGGGAAAGAAGCUGUUGGAAAAAUUGCUUCAAAAUAACCAAUACGAUAUGAAUAAAAGCGGGACAACAUUGCAAUUACGCUUUACUGAAAUGUGCUCAUUACCUAUAAUCUGGGCAGUGACCAAAGCAGUGCUCAUUCUAAUCAUCGCUCAGGUAGCUUUCUGGUCAAUGAGUGGAUUCUUUGCUGGAUACGUGUCAGCACUUUGUGGUCUUCCCAAUACUGAGGCGAUGAGUAUCGUGAUCUCUCAGCAUGUUUUGCUGUUGUUAGCCUCAUUUUCACCGAUCAUUCUUUUGAAACCCGGUAGCCGAAAAGAUUAUCUUUUUGUCGGCUAUUUUUUCCUAACAAUUUGUUACGUUGUGAUGACUAUUUUGACAGGGUUCUAUGACAAUCCAGCCGUCCCCAGGAUCAGGUUCGGCCCUGCAUUUGUCAUUAGAGAUUCUCCUGCUGCAGGUUUUAUAGCAGUAAGUGGAAUUGUUGUAUUGUUUACAUCAUGGUUUGUCCACUCGAUUUCAAUUUUAUACUCUAUGGAGUUACUUCCAGCACAUUACAGGGUUCCAGGCUUUUCCAUUGCCAUGAGCUUUUCUUGGAUGAUUCGGGCUGUGAUUGAGGCCCUUACCCAAAUGAUUUCUAGAAUUGAUCCACUCUUUGUUUUUGCAAGUCUUGCAAUCAUCUGUGCUGUCGGCGUAAUCACGGUUUGCUUUGUUGGAGAUCCAAAACACACUGUCUAUGCCCCUGGAAUCCCUUAUCCGUACGAUCAACUGCUAGCAAACAAUUGCAUUCCUUUUGUUGAUAUAGACCAGCUGGCUGAAGAGAAUACCGAGAAAAACUCAUCACUGGCAGUCAAAAAAUCGGGAUCUUUUAAAAGCAUCAGCAGAAAUUCAUCCAUGAAGAGAGUUCCGAUUGGCGAGCAUCACAAAAGCCAAUCACUGAUGCUUGGAACCCAAAGUUCAGGAGGAACACAGGUUUUCACAGCAGAUUCGCAAUUUCCCGAACGGAACUACGUCAGUGGCUCGAAACGAGAUGAGUCGUUGAGGUCUGAGUGGCUGGGAAGUUUGAUUGAUGGUUAA